UUCAUUCAUUCAUUCAAUCAUUUAUUUCCACAACAAGUUUCUGUGUACGAGUAUUUUGUUAAUUUCCCGUGUAAAACUGUUGUAAGCCGCAAUGGCUACUUCUACUAUUCUGCGAGUGAAGCGCCGGCUUGAAGACAACCCACAAGAUGCUCUGGUUUUGAUGUGCAAGCGUAUGAAAACGGAUGCAGAAGAAAUAUCGCCAUCAUUAUUCGUCUUUCGCGGUACCGUUGAUAACGAGGAAACAGUGCAAGUAAAAAAUAUAGCUCCUACUAAAAGUAAUGCCAAUUUAAAACCAGUUCGUAAUGUCGACGAUAUCAUACAGAAGAUAAGGAAGGAAAGGAAGGAAACUUCUACAGAAAAUCGUUAUGAAGUUGUGAACUGUAGUAGAGGGUUGAAAGAGAACAAUGAUAAGGAUAGCAAUGACAUAUUUGAUUUAGUCGACUUACGACAGAAGAGUGAAGUCGAAGAGGCAGAUGUACAGUAUGCUUAUGAUCUUUAUACUACAGCUAUGAAGGAUUUUGAUAUUUCCAUGAUUGAUAACCUUGUCAGCAUAGAGAACUAUGAAACAGACCUCAUAUUUGGUUCAUAUCGGGACAACGGACGUGUGACUCCAUCCAGUGACGGUGCGGAUGAUGAUGAUGACUCCAAUGAUGAGAAUAACUGGAGGAAUGACUACCCGGACUCAGAGCCUAGUAGCAUUGAUGAGGAAGAUAUGAUUAAGGCUAUGGAGAAAUGUGAUAUUGAAGACGACCUGUCCAGUGAUGCCGGUGAAGACAAGAUCUAUGAUGAACCUUCAGACAUAUUCAAUGAAGAUGUCAAACGUUAUGGAGAAGCUUAUGCCAAAUAUAAAGCACGAGUACUAUUAGAAGAGCCGAAUUUAAUCCAUGACAAUCCAUAUGUCCACUGCUCUAAAAUAAAAGAUCUGGACGAGGAAUCGGUUGAAGGUUAUAAGGAGGACAGUGAUGAUGGAUUUUAUUAUGGACAAGACGAAGACACCGAGCAUUUCAGGGACCAGUACCGGAGUGAUUCCUCAGACGAAUACAGUCCAGAUUGAACCGGUAUGCGUUUUCAUUAUCUGUUAUUGUUACUAAAUACUCCAGUGUUGAUUUGUAUCUGUAAUUUACAUAAUAUGUGAUAUAUUAUAUUUUAUAGUAACUUGUACAUUAAAUAUAAUUAUUUUCUUGUA